AUGGACGAUAUGGAAGACAAAGAGAGUGAUUUGGAGCGCCUAUCCAAGGAUAAGAAGGAAGAAACAGGAAAAGAACAAGGAAACGAAUCUGAUGAAGAAAUGGAAGAAGCAGACGAAGAAGAAGAAAUAGAAGAGAAGAAAAAGGAAGCAGAAGAGAAGAGAGAAAUAGAAGAGAAAAGAGAAGGGGAGGAAAACGAAAGAGAACAGUUUCGAACCGGUGCAUUAAACGAAUUGAAAGAUAUCGAAAUUGAGUUUGCAACUUUGAAGGAUAAGUUAUAUGAGACACAACUGAAGAAGUUAGAAUUGGAAUUGAAACUUUGUGAGAUGAAUAAGCAUCCAGACUUCUUGUAUUUUAUGAAGAUGAUUGACGAGAAUUUCAAGGGGCAGAUCGAGAGGUCGAUCAACCUUCAGAAGUACAGAUUGCGGUGUCUCAACAGCCAAACUGGCGCUUACCGCGUACAAAUACAUCAGCAGUUCAUUAGAAACUGUGAAGACCUCAAAUAUGGUCAGAUACGAAAGAUUACAUCGGAUUGGUAUGAGAUAAAUAAGGAAAGAAGAACGAUGGAUACGGCCAGUCUACAAACUCCAGAAUACUACCAGUACAAUGAAAACAUCACUGCAGAUAACGUGGAGUCACAAGAAUCGAUCAGCAAACUUGUCAGACAACGAAAUUCGGUAUAUAAAGAGAUAGGAAACAUGCAAGCACUGAUAAAGUACCAGAAAGUGUUUCCUAGUUCUUUAAACAACCUAGAAGGAUGCGAUAGCCAGGAUAUGGCACAAGAUCUACGACAGAUGAACAUCAAACCAAGCCAUCAUAAUAAUAAAGUUUAA